CUCGUGGUAUUUCUCUGCCCCUGCACUUCACAAUUCACUGGCACAAACACACACACAUACGCGCACACACACACACGCACACACAAGAGAGUGCAUACACGCACACACGCACACGGAGUUAUUUUCUGUCCUCUAGGAGUCCCAGGACCAGAAAUCUGCUUGGAUGGGGUUUUGAGCUGGGAGUCACAGGAAGAGGCAAGGUGGAGGCCACUUUUCCUCCCAGAUCUCUCUGCAUUCUGCUGAGCGGCUUUUCUGGAACUCUCCGAGGGACAGGAGGCAUGGAGCUGAGCUGACCACAGGAGCCAGAUCAAGACGAGGAAGACUAAAACCACCAGCAGAGGUGUGAUUGGACUAAGGUCACAGAGCACGUCAUCUUCAUCAUAAGAGCAGAGCGUGUCGCUCUGCGGCCUCUCCAUCCAUUACAUGGCUAUGGACGGCAAAGUGGCAGUCCACAAGGAUAGGCUUCCUGUGGUCACCUGGGUCCCUGAGGAGGGAGAGAAGUUGGAUCGGGAAAGCGAGGAGCAGGUGAAGGAUCGGGGCCAAUGGACCAACAAGAUGGAGUUUGUGCUGUCAGUGGCCGGGGAGAUCAUUGGGCUGGGCAAUGUCUGGAGGUUUCCCUAUCUCUGCUACAAAAAUGGAGGUGGAGCCUUCUUCAUCCCCUACUUCAUCUUCUUCUUCACCUGUGGCAUUCCACUCUUCUUUCUGGAGGUGGCCUUGGGCCAAUACACCAGCCAGGGGAGCGUCACUGCCUGGAGGAAGAUCUGCCCCCUCUUCCAGGGUAUUGGCCUGGCAUCUGUGGUCAUUGAGUCUUAUUUGAACAUCUACUACAUCAUCAUCCUGGCCUGGGCUCUCUUCUACCUAUUCAGCUCCUUCACCUCUCAGCUUCCCUGGACCACAUGUACCAACUACUGGAACACAGAGCAUUGCAUGGACUUUCUGAACCACUCAGGAGCCAGCUCCGCCACCUCCCCUGAGAACUUCACCUCACCUGUCAUUGAAUUCUGGGAGAGACGUGUCCUGAGCAUCACCUCUGGCAUCCAUGAUCUGGGGACCCUGCGCUGGGAGCUGGCCCUGUGCCUUCUGCUUGCCUGGAUUCUCUGCUACUUUUGCAUCUGGAAAGGGGUCAAGACCACAGGCAAGGUGGUGUAUUUCACGGCCACGUUUCCCUACCUGAUGCUGAUCAUCAUCCUCAUCCGAGGGGUCACCCUGCCCGGUGCCUAUGAGGGCAUCAUCUAUUACCUGAAGCCUGACCUGUUUCGCCUCAAGGACCCCCAGGUGUGGAUGGAUGCGGGCACCCAGAUCUUCUUCUCCUUCGCCAUCUGCCAGGGCUGCCUGACAGCUCUGGGUAGUUACAACAAGUACCACAACAACUGCUACAGGGACUGCAUCGCCCUCUGCUUCCUGAACAGUGCCACCAGUUUCAUGGCUGGCUUUGUGGUCUUCUCCAUCUUGGGCUUCAUGUCCCGUGAGCAAGGGAUCCCCAUCUCUGAGGUGGCGGAGUCGGGUCCAGGCCUGGCUUUCAUCGCCUUUCCCAAAGCAGUGACAAUGAUGCCCUUGUCCCAGCUGUGGUCCUGUCUUUUCUUCAUUAUGCUGAUAUUCCUCGGGCUGGAUAGCCAGUUUGUGUGCGUGGAGUGUUUGGUGACGGCAUUCACAGACAUGUUCCCCAGACAGCUACGCCAGAGUGGCCGGCGGGAGCUCCUCAUACUAGCCAUUGCUGUCAUCUGCUACCUGCUUGGCCUCCUCCUGGUCACCGAGGGCGGGAUGUAUGUUUUCCAGCUAUUCGAUUAUUACGCCUCCAGUGGCAUCUGCCUGCUCUUCCUGGCGGUCUUUGAGGUCGUCUGCAUCAGCUGGGUGUAUGGGGGUGAUCGUUUCUAUGACAACAUAGAGGACAUGAUUGGCUACCGACCCUGGCCCCUGGUGAAGAUCUCCUGGCUCUUCCUGACCCCUGGACUUUGCCUGGCCACUUUCUUCUUCUCCUUGAGCAAGUACACGCCUCUCAGAUACAACAACAUCUACGUGUACCCAUCGUGGGGAUACUCCAUUGGUUGGUUCUUGGCUCUCUCCUCCAUGGGCUGCGUCCCGCUUUUCAUCAUCAUCAGCCUCCUGAGGACCCAGGGCUCCUUCAAGAAGCGCCUGCGACAGCUCAUCACCCCUGAUCCCAGCCUACCACAACCAAAGCCAUACUUGCAUGUGGACAGUGGCGCCAUCCCAGACUGUGAACUGUCCCCCACCAAAGAUGCGCUACUUGUUAGGGAGAAGGAGACCCACUUGUAGGCUGUGGCCAGAAGCCAAGAACCUCAGCCUGCACCAUUCCAUACUCCUAUGGACAGCUUUUGCUUCUGUCCCCUCCCGCAGUGCUGCUGAGCACUUCCAUGAUAUCCCUGGCACCCCCAGAGGGAGGCCAGACUUCUCUCCUCUCCUCAGCUGGAGACACUCCUCCUGGGGGGCUACAGACAGUCCUGUUGGAAUAUGCCACCCUGUUUCCCAAGGAGGGGUUCUUUCUGAGCCACCAUUGGCAAUAGCACGUCGAGCUGGGAGGGAGCUCUCCUAUGAGUGUGUUCUGGGUGUGCAUUGGGAGGGGAGCUCCCACUAGAACCCACACUGUGACCUGCAUCCAGAGACCCUGAUGGAAUACACUGCAUUGGAAGUGACAACUGAAUGCCAUCCUUCUCCAUUGGAUCUGACAGUCCUAUAUGAGGGCGUCCUGGGCUAGCUUGAUGCUCUGAAUUACCUAGGAAGGGAACUAAAAAACAGCCCCCUGUGCAGGAGUGCGGGGAGUGGGAAGGGAGGAAUGUGUGAAGUCUUCCUGUGCCUCCUUGUCUUGAGUUUUCUCAGAGGCAGUUCAUACAGGGGACCCAACUCCAAUUCUGCUCCCAGCCUCUUUCUGAAAUGUGGCCGUCUCCUCAUGGAGCACUGGAAUGGAAGAGACUUUGAAAUGACCUCUAGACUUUGUGCAAAUCUAUGGCUUGUCCGGCUCUGCUGUCCAUUUUGAAACCCAGGGCAGACAUGGCUAAUCAGUCAUCCAUCAUACCCAGAGAAGACCUGGCCAAUCAAUUACAGAUUUCUUACCCAUGCACAACAACCCUUCUACGGUACUCCAGAACUGAGGAAGUUCCGUUUGCACCCUGCUUUUAUCCAAACUCCUGGCUUCAUGGAGAAGGAAACCAAGGACCCAAGAAUCUAAGUGACUUCUUUCAACUUCAUAUAGUUCAUGCCCCCCCCCCCCCCGUCAGGCCAGUGUUCUUCUCACCACACCCAUCUGCUUAGUUAAAAGAUGUAUAAGUCCUC